UACAGUAUUUCCAGUGACUCCAUCUAUGCGAUCGCAAAACUCGGCUAUGCUAGGGGUGAUAUCCGCCUAUCUGUCGGCGGUUCCCUCGAUCGCUUACUGAAUCCAGUUGGUGGAUCAAUGGGAGGAAUUGGGACAAUCCAUUUGAAGAUUAAUUGGAAAUUUGGAGCCGUGUGUGGGUUGAAGUUGUAAAGGCCGAUUAAACCAAUUCAUCGCUAUCGCUAGUUUAGCGCGUUUAUCCGGAGGGAACGCUAGUAAAGUGCGACUGCUGAACCGCUGUAAUGAAUAUUAUAACAAACGGUGAUGAUCAAACGCUGUUCAUUUCCAGAGACCAUCGAUCAACUCGACAUCUCGGCCGCUUCACGGUGUUUAUGUUCCGCUUUACUGCGUAACGUUAGCCGUUGACAGGUCUGUGAAUCAAUUCAGUAUUUGUCAUUUCCCUCCCCUUGCAUCAGUUUAUUUAACGUUAACGUUACAUGUACUAUACGAGGGCUGCGACAGGCAAUCGCAUAUAUUACGAUCUAGUUAAAGGUGGUAGUUUAUAUUUAAAUGUGUUUACAAACAGAAACAUCUUAUUGAGCUGUCCAAUGGGCAUUAUGAAAUCCUGACUUUUAAAAAAUAAAUAAGCUGGCGAUCCGAAAGAGAAUAAGCUGGUUUCUGCAUUGUUUUGGACGCCUUCUCCUUUUUGCUGUGGCUUUUAGUGGCGCGAGCGUAAGCGCGAGGUCAUGCGCGCCGCUGCUGAGCAGCUGUCAAUCACAAUUGCUUGCGAGAAAUCGCAUUGAAGCGGCUUGUUACAGUGUUUUACGCUACCACAAUACUCUCUGCAGUAUUUCACAGCAGAGACGGUCAAAUUUCUGCAAUCGUUUGGAGCGUCUCGUAGUAGGUGGAGGGAAGGCGGAUCGACUGGCCGAGCCCGCCAUGCCGGGUCCGGUGAGCAGCAAAGCACGGGUGUAUGCUGAUGCCAACACUGUGAAGAGCAAGGAGUACUGGGACUAUGAAGCACAUGUGCCUAGCUGGAGCAACCAGGAUGACUACCAGCUUGUGCGAAAGCUUGGAAGAGGCAAAUACAGUGAAGUGUUUGAGGCCAUCAACAUCAACAGCAACGACAGAGUAGUUGUUAAAAUCCUAAAGCCUGUUAAAAAGAAGAAGAUUAAGCGUGAGAUCAAAAUUCUGGAGAACUUAAGAGGAGGAACCAACAUCAUUCGUCUUGUAGACACAGUGAAGGAUCCUGUGUCUAGAACGCCAGCCCUUGUGUUUGAGUACAUCAAUAACACAGACUUCAAGGAUCUCUAUCAGAGACUAACAGACUUCGAUAUCCGGUUCUACUUGUAUGAACUUCUAAAGGCACUGGACUACUCUCAUAGCAUGGGCAUCAUGCAUCGGGAUGUCAAACCUCAUAAUGUCAUGAUAGACCACCAAAUGAGAAAGUUGCGGCUAAUAGAUUGGGGUCUUGCUGAGUUUUACCAUCCCACGCAGGAAUACAAUGUAAGGGUCGCCUCAAGAUCAUAUAAGGGACCAGAACUACUGGUUGACUAUCAGGUUUGCAGGAUCCGCUGGAGGUGCCAGACAGAUUUAUUUUUACAGAUGUUCCCUCCCAAUAGGGCUUUUAUUGAACAGACAAGACCAGAUUUUAGGAGCCAGUCUUAUAUGGAGUCUUACUUGUUUCAACAUUACCAUCAGACAUCGCAGUUAAGUCUCCCAAAUGAUUUGCAGAUGUAUGACUACAGUUUGGACAUGUGGAGCUUAGGCUGUAUGUUAGCCAGUAUGAUCUUCCAGAAAGAGCCAUUUUUCCAUGGUCAAGACAACUAUGACCAGUUGGUCAGAAUUGCCAAGGUUCUUGGAACAGAAGAGCUCUUCAGCUACCUGAACAAGUAUCACAUUGAGCUGGACACACGUUUCAAAGAUCUGCUUGGCCAGCAGACCCGUAAGCGCUGGGAGAACUUUGUUCAGCCAGAGAAUCAGCAUUUGGUGAGCCCAGAGGCUUUGGAUUUGCUGGAUAAACUCCUGCGUUACGAUCAUCAACAGAGACUGACUGCCCAAGAGGCCAUGGAACACCCUUACUUUUAUCCUGUGCUGAAGGGACAGCCUCUGUCAAACUCAGAAGGCGCACUGGCAAUAAGCAGCUCAACCACAACAUGAUGGGCAAAAGCAGGAAAACCUUUUUACCUCAACGUGUCGUGCAGAGACAUGCUGCCUUUCAGGUGUGAAGCUUCAGUUUACUGGAGCAAGAAGUUAAGCAACACAAGACUUGUACAGAAUGAACACAACAGGCUGUUGUCCCUCUCCUACAUUCACUUUGUAUUAGUGCUGCUUGCCAUUGCUAUCUAGGUACCCAACUGGUAUUAUUCCCCCAUCUCCCCCCUUUUGAGUUGGACGUCUCCAUUUCAUUUUUUGAACAACACUGAAUUAAGCUAUGAUAUUAUGACUGGGAAAGAAUGCCUGCUCUUUCCCCAUGAUUCUCAGGCUGUUGAUGACCCAUGGGGGCUCCUGAUCCUGGUUGCGUUAUAUACUGGAAGAUUGUGUUGUUCAAUGACUUGCCCUGCUGAUAUGAGCUCAGAUUAUAAACUAUAGUAUUGUCAGGUAUGGAGGCUUUACUGCAAUUUAUUGAAAAUAAGAUAUAUUAAAUGAAACCGUUUUUAA